UAUUCGCGAUAAUAAUUUAUGUGAGAAUUGCUUGCGUUUUGCUAAUCACACCAUUGAGUUUUGUAGGUUUGGCGGAUGCAGAUUUUGCAAUAAUAAACACAAUUCGAUGAUAUGCCCGCGAGCCUCUCAAAACGAAGGUAAAAACAUAACUAGUAGUUCUCAUAGCAUCACUCUUCACUCGUCUAGCAGCCGGGAACUAACAGCGAAUUCAGGCGCGGGCGCAUCUGUGCCCUCCGCACACCUUUCCCCUGCGAAUCCCAGUAGCGAUACAAUUAAUACACACUUGCAAAUUAGACGCACACAUCGCUCCCUAAAACAGGUUUUGUUAUCUACUGCAUUGAUCGAGGUACGAAAUUGUCACGAUGUUUAUGAGCGCGCAAUCGCUCUGUUAGAUAAUGGUAGUGAACGAAGUUUUAUAAGCGAACCUUUUUGUAAAUUAUUAGGGGUUAAAAUAUUACAGUCCACUCACGAGAUUAGAGGUGUAGGUAACUCCGUGACGCAGUGUAAUCAAACAUGCGACAUUGAGAUUAAAUCGCGCGUCAAACCUUACACCACUAAACUUCAAUGUUUUGUAUUAAAACAAAUUUCUUCGAUGUUGCCCGCUGUACAUUACGAACGCGCUAAGUUCCGUAUACCGCAUAGUUUACAGCUGGCUGACCCGCAUUUUCUUAAUUCUCGAAAAAUAGAUAUUUUAAUAGGCGCAGAUAUAUUUUGGGAAUUAUUAAACGAAGGUAAUAUAAGGUUACCUAAUGGACCUUAUUUACAGAAUACGCAUUUAGGCUGGAUAAUAUCGGGAUCUAUCAUAUUUCAAUCGCGCAAUGAUAGCACUAUCCAGUGUAAUUUAUCGCAAUCCAUAGAUACGCAACUACGUCAGUUCUGGGAAGUCGAAGAACUACCUAGGGAUCGGGAUACGCGCACAGAUGCCGAACGGGCUUGCGAGGAGUUGUUCUCUCAGACUACGAAGCGCAAUGAUGAGGGACGGUUCAUCGUCAAGAUACCUUUAAAAGCAUCGCCCGAACUGUUAGGUGAGUCUUACUUUCACGCAGAACGACGGUUUUUAUCAUUAGAAAAGCGGCUUCAACGCGAGCCCGCUUUAAAACAAUUAUACGCAGACUUUUUACAUGAAUAUGAAAGCCUAGGUCAUAUGACGCGCAUUUCAUCCUACGGCUCAUCGCAUUAUUUUUUACCGCAUAGUGGAGUACUUCGCGACUCCAGCACAACACGGCUCCGCGUAGUCUUCGACGCAAGCGCUGCGACCAGCACGGGGCUUAGUUUUAACGCAAUACAGCUGGUAGGUCCACCUAUCCAAGGUGACUUAAUUUCAAUCCUUCUCCGUUUUAGGCAGCAUAAGUACGUCGCAUGCGCGGACAUCGAAAAGAUGUAUCGACAAUGCUUAGUGGACGAAGCGCAACGCGAUCUCCAGCUGAUUCUUUGGCGAGACGACCCUACGCAAGCGCUCGGUGUAUAUCGUUUAAAUACCGUUACGUAUGGUACCGCGUCCGCGCCUUUUUUAAGUGUUCGUUGCUUAAAACAAUUAGCCAUCGAGUCUACAAACGACGAAGUUCGUAGAAUUAUAAACGAAGAUUUUUACGUGGACGACUUAAUUACGGGUUCGGAUGAAAAACAAAAAUUAAUUAAAUUAUGUAUAGAAACGUCAGCGACGUUGCAGUCGGGAUGUUUCCCACUUCGUAAGUGGAUAUUAAAUUUUUCGCGCGAUGAGUCAUCCGAGCAUCUCACAAGUGUGUCGGCGCACACUUCUAAGCAACUAGAUUUCAGUGACAAUAGUAGUCACAAAACUUUAGGUGUAGGUUGGCUCAAUGACACCGAUGAAUUUUAUUUUAAUACGCAAUUCGAAUUUCAUAUUGAUCAACCUAUAACUAAACGCAGUAUAUUGUCAUACGCUUCUCAAAUCUUUGAUCCUUUGGGUAUGUUAAGUCCAUUCAUUGUAACAGCAAAAAUGUUAUUACAACAGCUGUGGUUAUUAAAAUUAGGAUGGGACGACGUUGUGCCUAGCGAUGUCGCACGUCAGUGGAACCGAUUUAUUGCAUCUUUAUCUAUCUUGCAAACGAUUCGCAUACCUCGUUAUGUUAUGGAUAGUAACGCUAUACAUACGGAGCUGCAUAUUUUUACCGAUGCCUCGCAGACCGCUUACGGCGCGUGUGCCUACAUUCGUACAUUAAAUUUUAAUAACCAUACCGCCAAUGUUCGUUUAUUAUGUUCCAAAGGAAAAGUCGCACCGUUAAAAACAAUAAGUAUUCCGCGUUUAGAGCUGCUAGGUGCCCUUAUAGGAGCUAGAUUAUAUGACAAAAUUAAAAAAUCGAUUCAAUUUCAAUUUGAUAAUAUAAUGUUUUGGACUGACUCAACUAUAGUCUUAGGCUGGCUACGCAUGCAACCUAGAUUAUUAAAAACGUUUGUUCACAAUAGAACUACAGAAAUUCACGAGUUAACGAAAGAACUCCCGUGGCGUCACGUAAGCGGAAAAGAUAACCCAGCCGAUUUGGUUUCACGCGGGGUCUUAAAUUUAAGCGAUUUGUCUUCUUCACACUUAUGGUGGGAAGGGCCCGCAUUUCUUCACGACGUUGAUUUCAAUUGUAUCAACGUACCUCCCUUUUAUACGCAGUAUGAUACUGGCGAUUUGCCUGAUUUAAAAAAUUCAGACGUAACCGCGCUAACCAGUCAUAUGUCGGAAUUUGAAGAUGGUUUUAUCAACUUUGAACGAUUCUCACAGUUCAGCAGGUUGAGACACGCGACUGCAUAUGUUUUACGAUUUAUACAUAAUACACGUAACAAAUUUAGCAAGCGGUCGGGUGUGCUUAGCGUCGAUGAGCUGAGGGAGUCCGACAAAUUGUUGACUAGGCUGUCUCAAUUAGAAUCUUUUCCAGUUGAGUACAAGUCAAUAGUCAACAAAAACGCAUUAAAGAAUAAACACAACUUGAGUAAAUUAAGUUUGUUUAUUGACAACGAUAGAAUUCUGCGAGUUGGUGGCAGGUUAGACUAUUCUUCAGAGUUCGACUAUGAUAAAAAACAUCCCGUGUUACUCUCAGGCAAACAUCGUUUUACUCUUCUUCUUUUUCGACACGCGCAUAAAAUAUUAUUACACGCUGCACCACAAGCGCUUCUUUGCCACAUUCGCGAAUCGUGGUGGCCACUUGCAGGUAGAAAUCUCGCUAGAAAAGUUUUUCAUGAUUGCGUCGUAUGCAAGCGUAUCAAAGGUCGUACGCUUACUCCUCUUAUGGGAAAUUUACCCUCUGAGAGAAUCACACCCACCUUUCCGUUCUAUCGCUGUGGCGUGGACUACGGGGGGCCAAUUUCCAUUUUAAAUCGUAAGGGUAAGGGCGCUAAAACAACUAAGGCAUACAUAUGCAUUUUUAUCUGUUUUGCUACACGUGCAGUACAUUUAGAACUAGUUAGUGAUCUCACUGCUAAGGCUUACUUGCUUGCACUUAGCCGUUUAAUAUCCCGUCGGUCUAAGCCCGACGAAAUUUGGUCGGACAACGCCCGCACAUUUUUAGGUCUUAAAAACGAAUUCGCAGACUUUCUAGAACGUUGUGGUGAUGAAAUUAUUGAACACGCUAGUCAACAAAAUAUUAAAUUUAAAUUCAUUGUCCCAUACGCGCCUCAUUUUGGUGGAUUGUGGGAGGCAGGAGUGCGCUCGUGUAAAUACCACCUUCGUCGCGUGGUGGGUAACGCGAAUCUCACCUACGAAGAGUAUAGCACUGUAUUAGCACAAAUUGAAGCUGUCCUCAACUCCCGUCCGCUAUCUCCAAUAUCAUCGCACCCUAACGACCUUCUUCCCCUCACUCCUGCUCAUUUUCUAGUUGGCCGGCCGCUUACAGCGCCUGCCUGCGACAGCCUCGUGGAUGCACCAGUUCAUCGCCUUGACCGGUACCAGCGAGUGGAACAGAUUCGUCAACACUUCUGGACCCGCUGGUCCAAAGAAUACGUAUCCGAACUGCAAACUCGAGUUAAAUGGAGGGAAACUAUUCAAGAUCUCAAGCCCGAUACAAUGGUGAUAAUAAAAGAGGAUAACUUUCCCCCAUUGAAGUGGCAUCUGGGGCGAGUAGUGAGGAGCAUUCCUGGGAAGGACGGCGUUGCACGAGUGGCCGAAAUCCGCACAUCAUCAGGACUCGUGCGACGUGCUUAUACCAAAAUCUGUCCCUUGGUCGAUCCUGAUGAAGCACUUUGAAAUCCAGGAUUCCAAGGCCGGGGGCAUGUUGGCGCGCAACGAAACGUUACGUGGGCUGCGAUUGGUCCACGUAUCCUCUUCGAAGAAAACGUCACAAUCAAUUUAUAAAACUGUCAAAUUUUUAAUUGUCAUUAUCAUUCUAUACUGUAACACGCAAAAAAGUAACGCAUCAAUUUUGAAU